AUGGCCGGUAAGGCUACCAGGUCUGGCCAUGUGGAGCCAGAUCCGACAUCCAAGGAAUCCACAUCCACAGAAGCGCUAGACAGCAGCCGUGAUAACACUGGCGCUGCUUUGAAGACCGAAGACGGUCAGCCAUCCGCCAACGAUGCAGCGGCUAGUUCGCCACAGCCCGACACUGCGGGCUCCAACGCCGCCCAAGACGAUGCGACUUCUCGAGGAUCGUCCGAAUUCGACGACAAAACCGCCACCUCAUCUCCAUCGAAGAAGUCCAACGGCAGGUCGAAAAAGGGUGGUCGAAGCUCGCGCGGCAAGUCGACUAGCUCCAAGCGCAGCAGCGAGGAGGACGACGCCAACAAGGGCGAGGUCGCCGCCGACGCCCACGAGCAGGCCACCGCUCCAGCCGAGCCUGUCGCAGCUGUAAAAGACACGACUGCAGUAAGCGAGAUGGAUCCAUCGACCGAAGCCACAGAGGCAGACGGUCAGCCUUCUUCAACUGAUGACGUCGAGGCGACUGCAGAAUCGUCGGAAAAUGCCCCGCAAAAGAGCGCUUCCUCUAGCAAAGAACUCGCACAGCUCGGACUGAGCUCCUUCGGUGACGGUGUCGAGGAUGGUGUCGUGGGUCCCCGCCGCUCCCGCCGUGGUCCAGGCGCCUCACCAGAUCCAAAAGCGCGCGUUCCCAAGGCCGAGCCCGAUACCGAUGCCACUUCAUUACAGCACGACGAAGCCGCGACAAUUGAAGAGGCAACAAGGACAGACGCGAUCCCAGCCGAUCAGGAUCCUGGCGACAACGCUGCUGCCUCGGGGCAAAAUCACAAGCCAGAAGCACCAGACUCGACAGCUCCGGAAGAGGCUGCAUCCGACACUCGAAACGCCGCCAAAGUCGAGGUGGAGGACGAAGAAGGGCCAUUGCCAGAAGGCGACGAGGCGCGAUCGCUCAAGCCGCCCGGUGACCACAACGACAACGACGACGACAUCGAGGAAGUCGAGACCAACUACGCCGACGCUGAUGAGCAAGAUGUCGAUCUUGACGGGGAAGAGGGCGGUGACGAAGGCGUCACACGCUGCGUCUGCGGUAGCGCCGACGAGAACGUCGGUCUCAUGAUCCAGUGCGAGACUUGCAAAUGCUGGCAGCACUGCGUGUGCAUGGGCAUGCAGGUCGAGGAAGACUGCCCCGACGUGUACUUUUGCGAGCAGUGCCGCCCGGAGUUGCAUAUUCCGCUGCUGCGCUCGCUCGGCCUGCUUCCCAAGGCAUCCAAGAAAGGCACGGGCAAAGGCGGCGCCAAGUACUCUGCGCGCGAACUCAAAGAAGCCAAAGAGGCGAUUGCCAUGCUGGCGCAGGAGAAUGCGCGUCGACAACAAGCUGUCGAGGCUGCUGCCCCUCACAAUUCGCGCGACAGGAAACCGAGCCACAACUCUCGCAACGAUGGCUCCAAGGAGGUGCCUAAGAGCCCUAAGAGGCGCAGUACGAUGAACAGUCGCGAUUCCGCGUACGGCGGCUGGGAGCCUAUCCCUCCCGGUCUUCUCGCCGAUGGCGAGCCGUGGGAAGGUGCUGAUGAUAAGAAGGGCGGCAAGAAACGAAAGCGCGGUCUGCCUGACGAGCAGAGGGACAGCACAGCAGAGACCGCAGAGGGGGGUGAAGGCGGUGUCGAUGCUGCUUCGGAUGCCACUAAGCGACGUCGCAUGAGCGCAGGAGCCACGCUGGAUCAGGAUGGUGACAACGAUAUGGACGAGGACGAGUCGUCUGCUGCCGCUGAUGGUAGCGCAUCGCGCGACAAGGCCAGCAAGAAGAAGAAGGGCAACAACCAGUAUACGGUGCGUGAAUCUUCGGAUGCUCCCGAUGGUUCUGCUUCGAAGCCGCGUCAUCCGAACCAAUACACGUAUCGCAACAAAGAUCGAAACGGAGCGGCGGCAGGACCGGGAGCACCAAGCGGCCAGAAGACAGGAUCGAGCUCCACAUCGAACCUGACGUCGCACUCACCGAGUCCCAGCCCGAGCAAGGGACGCGCCGAGCACGCACGUCGUGCAGCCGCGAGGGACACGGGAAGUCAGAUCGGAACACCGGCUCCGGGAGAAUCUGGCAGCCUUGCCGGUCGUGGCGCAAACGCUCACUCCACAAUACAAUGGUCGCUUCCUGACCAUCUCACGCAUUUGGCUUACUUGCUUCCCAAUGCAGGUACAUCUCGAAGCGAGCCUCUUAAAUCUUUAGCCUCAGCAGCCGAGAAUGUAUCUGCGAACGGCAGCUCAACCGUCGGCAAGAAGGGCUCGUCGAAUCAGAGCGGACAGACAAGCUCCUUGCCAUCGCCACCGGUGAGUGGGUCGACUCCGACGCCUUUCCAGGUCAUCUCGUCGAUCGAGUCGUCGACCAAGGUGCGCUUCCCGAGUCGCCGAAUGACGAUGGGCGAGAUGCGAAAGCGUGUGCGCAAUAUCGGCGAAUACGUGACGCGAAGCCAAAUCGAAGCGGUAGAGCGAGAGAAACGCAUGAAGCUGCUCGGCAUUGUGCCGCCGUACAAGGAGGAGAUGGAGGAGGAUGUGGUCACGCCGGCUGAAACGAUGCACGACGACGUCGAUCAGAAGGAAGCUGUCACCGCGGACGGAUCAACAACUGAGCAGACCGCAGAUGCGACGGACGCGAACGGCGAGGACACAAUUGCAGGCGCACCGGCCAAGGCGGAACAACUUCCCCUCAGCAUGCGCUUGAUGGAGGAGCUGACACGGGAGCUGAUCCACUUCCAGCGAAAGUUUGGCAUGGGACCGGGCAGCUAUGGCAGCUUGGGCAGCUCGCAUCAUUCGACGACCGUCAACUGA